CCAUGCCGUAUCACCACCUGCCACUUCUUCCGAUCCUCUCGUUUCCUCUCUAGCUACCUAGCUAGCUCUCUCGCACACAAGCACACACGUGCGCCUCCACAAACGUGCCGGGCACCAUGGCCUUCGCGCACGGCGGCGGUAGGGGCUCGUCGUCGUCUCCGGCGGCGGCGGUGGCGGUGAUGGUGGUGAUGACGAUGGUGCUGGCGGGCGUGGCGAGGGGUGACUUCGCGGCGGACCGCGCGGAGUGCGCGAACCAGCUGAUGGGCCUGGCGACGUGCCUGACGUUCGUGCAGGACAAGGCGACGGCGCGGGCGCCGACGCCCGACUGCUGCGCGGGGCUCAAGCAGGUGGUGUCGGCCAGCAAGAAGUGCAUGUGCGUGCUGGUCAAGGACCGCGACGAGCCGGCGCUGGGAUUCAAGAUCAACGUCACCCGCGCCAUGGACCUGCCAGACAUCUGCAACUACCCCGCCACCUUCUCCGACUGCCCCAAGAUUCUGGGGAUGUCGACCGACGCCCCCGAGGCGGAGAUCUUCAAGGAGUACGCGAAGAAGCACGAGUCCCAGAACGGCACCACCCAGACGGCCGCUGCCACCGGUGCCGCGGGUGGGAAGAGCGCGAGCUCGUCGCCGACGGGCGGGGCCGGCGCCGGGAGCCAGCCCAGCGCGGUCAUCGUCUACCUCGCGUCGGCGCUGCUCGCCUUCGUCUCUGUCCUCGCGUGAUGGACGCGGCGCAUUCAUACCCGGCAGGGGAGAUACUAUACGCCGAUCGGAGUAGAAGAAGACAGAGGGAUAAAGAGAUGAACAAUUGAACAGCAAAAGACACGCGCUCUCUUUUUUUUUUUUAUUUCUACUAGUUUUGUGUGAGAUGUCGAGUUGUGCUGACUGUGCACCAGCGACUCAGCUCGUACUCCCGGGCUGUUGGGACUGUUGCCUUCCAGCCUGGAAUUUUAAAUGUGGUGGGCAGAGACUGUCGAGCUGUCUGUCUGAAUCUGAUCGACUGGCAGGUUGCGAGUUUGGUUUUUCAACUUUUUGCUUAUCUUCUAGUUUCAAGGUUUCGAGUCAUAUUGUGUACAAGCAAUAUUUAGGGUGUGUAGAAGAAAUUACACAUGGAUUGCUUAUGCUAAAAAAAACUUCAAAUUUGUCA